GGCGAGAGCGGCGCGCCUCGCGCCGACGUGCUGCGCGCGCGACCUAACCGCGCGCUGCUGCGUGUGCCCGCAGCGCAGCACCGCCGCCUGCGCGCCGCGCUCGCCCUCGCCGCCCGCCCCCUGCGCGUCCGCAAAGAGGCGCCUUCGCUGCAGGCGCUCAUUUGACUCCACAAGGAUAGGUCGAGGCGUCACAUUUGAGUAUUUUAGCGCAGAGUAGAAGGACAGGAGAGAGAUGUCACUGCGGGCGGAGGCGCUGCGCUCGGCGACCGCCACUGGGCCGGGCGGCAAGGACCUGGUGGUGGUGGCGGCGCGCGAGACGCUGGCGGCGCCCACGCGGCUGUCGCUGCCGGAGCCCGAGCCCGCUCCCGGCCUCAUCCUCGCCGACGGCACCAUCAACUGGGGCUGCCCCUGCCUCGGCGGCAUGGCCACCGGCCCCUGCGGACCGCAGUUCCGAGACGCGUUCUCGUGCUUCCACUACAGCGAUGCAGAACCCAAAGGCAGCGACUGCUACGAGAAGUUCAGCGUGAUGCAGGAGUGCAUGUCGCAGUUCCCCGAACUGUACGGCAAGGACGAGGACGACGACGACGACCAGGAGGCGGCCGCCGCACUCGCCGCGCCGCCCCCCGCCGCCGCGACCGACGCGCCCCGCGCCCCCCACGAGCCCCACGCGCCCCACGCGCCCCACGAGCCCCACGCGCCCCACGCCCGCGCCGGCGACUAG